GAACGUCUAGGGUUUUGAGGUGCCCACUGUCCACUAAAAGAGUAAAAGCCCCACGCUCGGUGGCGGAAAAUCCCCAAAUCCCCAUCCCCAGCGGGGAGUCGUCCUAAGUUUAAUCAACGCGCUAUCUCGAUGUUAUUGUAGGUCGUCUUUGAAAGUUCGAUCGAACCUAGCGCGCUUGUAAUCAACAAAGGCUUCGAUCUCAUUCGAUGGGAAAAGAUAAGAAAAUUGGACGAGGAGAAAAAAGGGAUAAAAAGGCGCUGCUUAAAGUGAAAUCGAAGGAACUAAAAAAGAGGAGAAAUCUCGAUGAAACAAGUAUAGGAAUUGGUGUUUCUCCUGAAAAAGAGCUCAAAAACGGGGCAUUGAAAGAUAAGAAUGACCGAGCAGUGGGAAAAAGCAGGAAAAAGGUAUUAAGUAAGUUCAAAAAGAGGAAAGUAAAAGAGAAGAGUUAUGUAGACGCUGCGGAUGCUGAUAGGAUCCCUACUGGAAAUGAAACCAAAGCAAUCUUAACAGAUGACAAUGUAAACAAUAAUGCUGGAGAUCUCAGCCAGCUUGAAUUGUCGAACAAGGUUUGUGGUUCUAAUGAGCCUGUGGAAGCAAAUAUUGGAGUGAAAAGAAAAAUUAAGAAGCUUAAAAAGGUAGGAAAACGUAAGAAGGAUCAACAUGUCAGCAAGGAGAACAAGUUCGUCAAAAGUCUUGGUGACGUAGACAGUGAAAAAGUCGAUCAGAUCUCAGCAGUUGAUGAAGAUUGUUCAAGAGGAAUGAAAAAAUGGCUCAUUGAAUAUAAGCAAAAUAGACCGGGAUUAAAAGAAUUGCAGCAAAGAAUAGAUGAUUUUAUAACUACUUACGAGGAGCAACAAGAACAGGAAAGGAGGGAAAAAGAAGCACGUGCUGCAGAGGGAGGUUGGACUGUGGUGGUGCAUCAUAAAGGGAGGAAGAAAACAACGGAUGCAGAAAGUGGUGUAACUGUGGGCUCUGUCGCCCAAGCUGCUGUCGUGGACAAAAUAGAGAAAAAGAAAAGCAAGGAAGUCGCCCUAGAUUUCUACAGAUUCCAGAAGCGGGAAGCUCAGCGGAAUGAGGUGAUGAUGUUACGGAGCAAAUUUGAGCAGGAUAAGAAACGCAUUCAGCAAUUGAGAGCUGCCAGGAAGUUCCGCCCUUAUUAAUUAAUUAUUCACUAAUCUUAAUCUUUAAAUUUUUCCCUGGGGAGUAAGUUGAUAGCGGAAUGCGUUUGCCCAUUGUCUUGACUUGUUGCGAAUCGUCAUAGGUAAAAGAAUUACUCUCAACAACCUCUAGCUGUAGGGUAAAAAUAGGGCAGCUUAUGCGGUUGGUAAUACUACAUCUUUUCUGGGCACGGCCUUACAGGAAUGCUUGCAAGAAGUUUAUGACAUUGCGGCUAUUGAAAUCCCGAUUAAGGUUAUGAUUUUUUUUUUGCCCCAGAUUUAAUCAUAUGGUUGCUCAGUUCAAUACUGUGAGCUGUAGUUAUAUACUUGUCUCUGUGCGAGUAAUUCAUUUGCAGCAGCUGAAACAUCAUGUUCUUUUA